UUGACGGCCCCCGGAUGCGGAAGUAGCGAGUGGUCGCCCGUAGGUGGGAGGGGGUGGAAAUCUCGUCGGGACGGUGCCGCUGAGGUCGGUCGCCGGCGGGAGACGCGGGACCGGGAGCAGGGUUAGCGAGCGUGAGAGCUGGCUGGGAACGCAUCGGGUUUAUUCAGUCUCCCCGUUCCCCCCCGUGCGGGGCAGUACGCUGCCGGCCCUGCGUCCCCGCGCCGUCCUCGGUGCGAGUCCUGCCGUCGUACGCUGCAGCCGAGCGUCUGAUCCUUCCAGACCCACGUCAAUCCCAAGUUCGAAGAUAUGCAAGAUGUCUUCAACUGUUUUUACUCAAAGCAGCUGAGAAGAACUGGAAUUCAAGAUGAGAACCAACAAGGUGUACAAGCUCGUCAUACAUAAGAAGGGUUUUGGAGGCAGUGAUGAUGAACUGGUGGUAAAUCCUAAAGUAUUUCUUCAAAUCAAGUUGGGAGAUGUUGUGGAAAUUGCACAUCCCAAUGAUGAAUACAGUCCCCUGCUUCUACAAGUGAAGUCACUUAAGGAAGAUUUGCAGAAAGAAACUAUAAGUGUGGAUCAGACAGUUGCACAAGUGUUCCGGUUGCGGCCAUACCAGGAUGUCCAUGUGAAUGUUGUUGACCCAAAGGAGGUGACCUUGGACUUGGUGGAGCUGACUUUUAAAGAUCAGUAUAUUGGGCGUGGGGAUAUGUGGCGACUGAAGAAAAGUUUGGUCAGCACAUGUGCAUAUGUCACCCAAAAAGUUGAAUUUGCAGGUAUCAGGGCGCAGGCAGGUGAACUGUGGGUAAAGAGUGAGAAAGUCACUUGUGGAUACAUCAGUGAGGACACUCGGGUAGUCUUCCGCUCCACUUCUGCCAUGGUUUAUAUUUUUAUCCAGAUGAGCUGUGAAAUGUGGGAUUUUGAUAUUUAUGGGGACCUAUACUUUGAGAAAGCUGUGAACGGUUUCCUUGCUGACCUCUUCACAAAAUGGAAGGAGAAGAAUUGCAGCCAUGAAGUGACAGUGGUUCUAUUUUCUAGAACAUUUUAUGAAGCAAAAUCUAUAGACGAGUUUCCUGAAUCACAUCGUACGUCAAUUCGGCAGGAUCAUGAGGGAAGAUUUUAUGAAGAUUUUUACAAAGUUGUAGUUCAGAAUGAGAGACGAGAAGAGUGGACCUCAUUGCUUGUGACCAUUAAAAAGCUUUUCAUCCAGUAUCCUGUGUUAGUACGACUAGAGCAAGCAGAGGGCUUCCCUCCAGGUUACAAUUCUACCUCAGCACAAGGGAACUACCUGGAGGCCAUAAAUCUUUCGUUCAAUGUGUUUGACAAGCAUUACAUAAACCGGAACUUUGAUCGGACUGGCCAGAUGUCUGUGGUUAUCACACCAGGUGUGGGUGUAUUUGAAGUUGAUCGACUCCUUAUGAUUCUAACCAAACAGCGGAUGAUAGACAAUGGGAUAGGUGUGGACUUGGUGUGCAUGGGAGAACAACCACUGCAUGCUGUACCACUCUUUAAGCUCCAUAAUCGCUGUGGACCUGGUGACUCCAGAUUGGGUGAUGACUACAAUAUUCCACACUGGAUAAACCAUAGUUUCUACACAUCCAAAAGCCAGCUCCUGUGUAAUAGUUUCACUCCACGGAUCAAGCUGGCAGGAAGGAAGCCACUGACUGAGAAAGCAAAAAAUAACCGAGAUGCCUCAUUAGGGGCUCCAAAAGAUGCUGAGAAUGCCCUGCCUAUCCAGGUAGAUUAUGAUGGCUAUGAUGCCCAGGUGUUCAGACUGCCAGGCCCAUCCAGAGCCCAGCGCUGUACUACUUUCAGCAGGUCUGUGAGGGAGAGAGAAAGUCGUACCAGAAAGAGCUCUAGUUCCUAUGACGUCUCAUGCAGCCCUUCUCUGCAGAGCCGCACGCUGCCCCCAGAGGAGGUGAGGAGCCAGGCUUCUGAUGACAGCUCACUGGGCAAGAUCUCCAACAUCCUGAUGAUCCCACGGCCUCAUCUGCACCAGUGUGAAGUCAGCAGCUCUUUGGGCUAUACCAGCACCAGAGAUGUCCUUGAGAACAUGCUGGAAUCUCAGCAACGUGACUCCAGUGCCCCUGGGAGGUUCCAUGUUGGCAGUGCAGAAUCCAUGCUGCACAUUCGGCCUGGGGGAUAUACACCCCAGCGAGCACUGAUAAACCCGUUUGCCCCGUCUCGCAUGCCCAUGAAACUUACAUCUAACAGGAGGCGCUGGAUGCACACUUUUCCUGUGGGUCCAUCAGGAGAAGCUAUCCAGAUCCAUCAUCAAACCCGUCAGAAUAUGGCAGAAAUGCAGGGCAACGGGCAGCAGGAUUUGACGCAUUCCUCUGCUGAGCUACUGGAACUGGCUUACCACGAGGCAACUGGCAGGCAUAUCAGCUCUCGGCAUCCAGGUGACAGUGCGUCUUUCCUGAGCUUCAGCGGAACAGAAGAGUACUCUAACGGUCUGGCUGGCAGCAACGGUGCAGGGAUGAACCUCAAAACUCAGAACAAGGAUUCCUUGGAAGAUGCUGUCUCUAACUCUCCAGAUCCAAUGCCAGGCUUCUGUUGUACAGUUGGAGUGGACUGGAAAUCUCUCACUACUCCGGCAUGUCUCCCUCUUACUACGGACUACUUCCCUGACCGUCAGAGUCUGCAGAAUGAUUACACUGAGGGUUGCUAUGAUCUCCUCCCAGAAGCUGACAUUGACAGGAGAGAUGAGGAAGGAGUGCAGAUGACAGCCCAACAGGUGUUUGAGGAGUUUAUUUGUCAGCGUCUCAUGCAAGGCUAUCAAAUUAUUGUGCAAUCCAAACCACAGAAACCAGCCUCAACUGUGCCACCUCCGCUCAGCAGCAGUCCCCUUUACAGUCGAGGUCUUGUAUCAAGAAAUCGACCUGAGGAAGAAGAUCAAUACUGGCUGAGUAUGGGCCGUACUUUCCACAAAGUAACACUAAAAGACAAAAUAAUUACUGUGACUCGAUACCUCCCAAAGUAUCCAUACGAAUCUGCUCAGAUAAACUACACUUACAGCUUGUGCCCGUCACACUCUGACUCUGAAUUUGUCUCUUGCUGGGUAGAAUUUUCCCAUGAGAGACUAGAAGAGUACAAGUGGAAUUACUUGGAUCAGUAUAUCUGCUCUGCUGGCUCUGAGGAUUUCAGCCUUAUUGAGUCACUGAAAUUUUGGAGGACCCGCUUUCUGCUUCUGCCUGCCUGCAUCAGUGCCACAAAGCGCAUUAUGGAAGGAGAAGUGCACUGCGAUGUGUACGGUGACAAGCCCCGUUCUGAUGAGGAGGAGUGGCAGCUCCUGGAUGGAUUCAUUCGCUUUGUGGAGGGUUUGAACCGCAUUCGUCGACGCCAUCGAUCUGAUCGAAUGAUUCGAAAAGGGUCUGCCAUGAAAGGCUUGCAGAUUGCUGGUCCAAUUCCCACCCACUCUCUGGAGCAGUCUGGGCCUCCCAUUGGGAAGAAAGGAACCUCAGCACUCUCAGCUCUGCUGCAGAUGGAAGCCAGUCAGAAGACACUGGGGGAGCAGCAAGCAGCAAUGCUUUCUGGGAAGAGCUCUGGGCAGCCUUCGGAGAGUGGGAGCAUUGCUAUCACACCUACCUAUAUGGACAGCCCUCGUAAGGAUGGGGCCUUCUUUAUGGAUUUUGUUCGCAGCCCACGUACAGCUUCAACCUUCUACUCACAGGUCUCUAUAGAUCAAUCAGUUCCUGCAACCUCUGAUGGCAACACAUUGAUAACCAUGGGGCAGUUACCUGAUAGGAGCAACACACAGACCUUGGGAAGUUCCCAGAAUGUUGCAGACCAAGGAUAUAUCACAGCUGGUGUUGCAGAAGGCAGCUCUCAGCAGUGUUCAGCAAGCACUCUGACUUCCUCCUCCACCUUGAUAGAGAUUCUUGAAGCCAUGAAACACCCCACCACAGGGAUCCAGCUGCUCUCUGAACAGAAGGGCCUCUCUCCGUACUGUUUCAUCAGUGCAGAAGUUGUACACUGGCUGGUGAAUAAUGUGGAAGGUGUGCAAACCCAAGCCAUGGCAAUUGACAUAAUGCAGAAAAUGCUAGAAGAGCAGCUUAUUGUCCAUGCAUCUGGAGAAGCUUUACGAACCUUUAUUUAUGGCUUUUAUUUUUACAAGAUUGUUGUGGACAAAGAACCAGACCGAGUGGGCAUGCAGCAGCCUGCCAUGUGGCACACAGCUGCCAUGGAUGACUUCUCCGCCUUCCAGAGGAAAUGGUUUGAGGUGGCGUUUGUGGCAGAAGAGCUCCUGCACUCGGAAAUCCCAGCGUUUUUCCUGCCCUGGCUGCCCAGCCGCCCAGCCUCCUAUGCAAGUAGGCACAGUUCCUUUAGCCGCAGUUUCGGAGGACGGAGCCAGGCAGCUGCACUAUUAGCUGCUACAGUGCCUGAGCAACGGACAGUGACGCUUGAUGUGGAUGUGAAUAACCGCACUGACCGUUUGGAGUGGUGCAGUUGUUAUUACCAUGGCAAUUUCUCCCUGAAUGCUGCCUUUGAAAUCAAGUUACACUGGAUGGCAGUGACUGCAGCUGUUCUUUUUGAGAUGGUUCAGGGUUGGCAUCGGAAAGCCACAUCCUGUGGUUUCUUGCUAGUUCCAGUCUUGGAAGGCCCAUUUGCUUUGCCCAGUUACUUAUACGGAGACCCACUUCGAGCUCAGUUGUUCAUCCCACUCAAUGUUAGCUGCUUGUUGAAGGAGGGUAGUGAGCAUUUGUUUGACGGCUUCGAACCAGAAACAUACUGGGACCGUAUGCAUCUCCUUCAGGAAGCAAUAGCACACAGAUUUGGAUUUGUGCAAGAUAAAUACUCGGCCUCCGCAUUCAACUUCCCAGCUGAGAACAAGCCCCAGUAUAUCCAUGUCACAGGGACAGUGUUUUUGCAGCUACCAUAUUCCAAGCGGAAAUUUUCUUGUGGGCAGCAGCGGCGCCGGCGCAACUCCACUAGCUCCACCAACCAGAACAUGUUUUGUGAAGAACGCAUUGGCUAUAAUUGGGCCUACAACACCAUGCUGACGAAAACGUGGCGGUCCAGUGCCACUGGGGAUGAGAAGUUUGCUGAUCGGUUGCUAAAAGACUUUACAGACUUCUGCUGGAACAAAGAUAGCCGGCUUGUUUUGUUCUGGACUGAUUGUCUAGAUAAAAUGCAUGCUAGUGCUCCAUGAAACAGGCUUGUAUCUCUUAGGGAGACAGCUAGAAGCUUUACCUUGUGGCAAGGAAGUAGAGGUGAAGGAUAACUGGAAAAGAGCCUCUCUGUUGGAUUCAUCUUGAGGCUCCAAGAGGACUUGAUCAAUAAUGCUGUUGAUAUUCAACAGAAUUUGAUUAAGCCCUUGGAAAAAGAAUCUGAGCUCUUGGCUUGCCAAUAUCUAUCACCUGACCUCAGCUUGGUUUCAAGUAGCUGCAGUCUUUGAUUGCCAAAACUUCAGUUAGAGCAGAGGUAAAAGGAGGGAGAGUGCAAGUGGGUUUCAAGGGCAGUUAGAUUCAGCACAGAGUGUGAUGGUAGCAGCUUACAGUCAUUGGAAAUGAUUGGUGCUGUUUGCAUCUGAUGUGCCUGACAGCAGCCUGCCUCUUUCCCUUUUGAGGUGUACCUGAUUGUGUGAAUAUGUAAGAUAAAAUGUGAGAGACACUUGUUAAAUUUCAUACAUGUAAAUAAGUAAAAAUGCAGAAAAUCAAGUGACCUGAUGUUUUGUUCUAACUCCAGACAGCAGUGCAGAAUCGGGGAGUAAAGGAGAAUAAUUGCCAAAAGGAAAUACUGCUGGUUAUGUUCAGCAUGAUAAUGAAAUGCUCAAAGUUCAGUGGUGGGGCUUUGUCCUUUAAGCAUCCAGGACUUUCUGUCUCCAGCUCUGGAUCUAGAACAGUGUCAUG